AUGGCGGAAGGGAAAGAGGAGAAUAGGGAGAAAAAUGAAGAAGAAGAGAGCGUUAAGCUUUUCGUCGGACAAAUUCCGAAACAUAUGUCGGAAUCUCAACUUCUUACAUUGUUUCAAGAGUUCGCUAUCGUUGACGAGGCAUCUAGUCUAUUGCAAGUAAAGUACGCAGAUGGCGAAUUGGAAAGGCUAGAGCAUAAGCUUUUUGUCGGUAUGCUUCCAAAGAAUGUCUCUGAAGCUGAAGUUCUAUCAUUAUUCUCAAAGUAUGGGGCUAUAAAGGAUCUACAAAUUCUAAGAGGUGCUCAACAAACAAGCAAAGGCUGUGCAUUUCUUAAGUAUGAGACAAAAGAACAAGCUGUUUCUGCCAUGGAAGCCAUCAAUGGGAAACAUAAAAUGGAGGGUUGUACUGUUCCUUUAGUUGUCAAAUGGGCAGAUACAGAAAGGGAACGACACACAAGAAGACUUCAAAAGGCUCAAUCUCACAUCGCUCGAUUAGCUAACACUGAUCCAACAAAUCCCUCAUUGUUUGGAGCAUUACCCAUAAGUUAUGUUCCACCAUACAAUGGAUAUGGUUAUCAUCAGGCCCCUGGAACUUAUGGUUACAUGCUACCACCAAUUCAGAACCAAGCUGCAUUUCCCAAUAUGAUUGCACAACCAAACCAAGGUAAUAACAAUUUGUCGCCUGACUCUGUGCCACCUCGUUUGGCCCGUAGAAACUUUCCGUUACCUCCUGCAAAUUACGUGGGCUCUGGUUAUCCCGCUGUACGAGGACUUCCUUAUCCAUUGGCUUAUCCUAGAGGAAUCAUGAGUCCCCGCCCUCUAAAUAACUCUCAUGGAUCCAUAUCACCCGGCAUUGCCAACAGUAGCGGGUCAACACCUAUAGGCAUUGGUUUGAAUUCCGUGGUUCAAACCGAAGGUCCGGAAGGUGCGAAUCUGUUUAUCUAUAACAUACCUCGGGAAUUUGGAGAUCAAGAACUCGCGAAUGCAUUUCAACCUUUCGGUAUGGUUCUAAGCGCAAAGGUUUUCGUAGACAAGGCCACUGGUGUAAGCAAAUGUUUCGCUGCGCAGAACGGUAUUAACAUGAUGAACGGUCGCCAUUUAGGCGGUAAGAAAUUGAAAGUCCAGCUCAAGAGAGACAACAACAAUGGCCAACAGAGUAGUAAACCUUCCUUAAACUCCUAA